CUACCGACAUUUACCAACACUAAAGCAGAGGCGAGGCUUUCGCAAGGUUUCUGGAAACGGUCACACAUCUUCUGCAGGUAAAUAGAACCACACAACCAAAAUGGCACAGAGCAAAUUGAAUGACUUGGCUGGCAAGCUGGGCAAAGGUGGCCCACCGGGAUUGGGAAUUGGAUUGAAGCUCCUGGCCGCAGUUGGAGCCGCCGCCUAUGGUGUCAGCCAGUCCUUGUAUACUGUCGAGGGUGGUCACCGGGCCAUCAUCUUCAGCCGCCUUGGUGGCAUCCAGAACGACAUUUACUCCGAGGGUCUGCAUGUGCGCAUUCCCUGGUUCCAGUACCCCAUUAUCUAUGACAUUCGCUCGCGUCCCCGCAAAAUUUCCUCGCCCACCGGCUCCAAGGAUCUGCAGAUGAUCAACAUCUCGUUGCGUGUCCUGUCGCGUCCGGAUUCCCUCAACCUUCCCUUCCUGCACAAGCAGUUGGGCGUUGACUACGACGAGAAGGUGCUGCCCUCCAUUUGCAACGAGGUGCUCAAGAGUGUGAUUGCCAAGUUCAAUGCCUCGCAGCUGAUUACCCAGCGUCAGCAGGUCUCCCUCUUGAUUCGCAAGGAGUUGGUGGAGCGUGCCCGCGACUUUAACAUCAUCCUGGACGAUGUGUCCCUUACUGAGCUCAGCUUUGGCAAGGAAUACACCGCUGCCAUUGAAGCCAAACAGGUGGCCCAGCAGGAGGCCCAGCGGGCUGUGUUCUUCGUGGAGCGUGCCAAGCAGGAGAAGCAGCAGAAGAUUGUCCAGGCCGAGGGAGAAGCCGAGGCUGCCAAAAUGUUAGGUCUGGCCGUGAAGCAGAACCCUGCCUACCUCAAGCUGCGCAAGUUGCGUGCCGCUCAAAGCAUUGCCCGAACGAUUGCCAGCUCACAGAACAAGGUCUACCUGUCGGCGGAUAGCUUGAUGUUGAACAUCCAGGACUCUGGCUUCGAUGACAUGACCGAGAAGGUUUACAAAAUACCCGACGACUUGGACUAGGAGGCGAGCCACAUUCGUUGUUAAUUAAUUCGUAUUGCAAGAACAAGGCAAAAGAUAAGAAAAGAAAACACCUUGAGCUAGAGCCUAAGUACCGUUUAGUUUUACACCACCCCCAAGCGGCGCGACGGCUUCAUUUUUUCACGAUCUGCUCCGAUUAGUGACCUUGCCGGCUGGGGACAGCUUCAUCCCACAUCCGCUCUCCAGGCGGCAAGCGGUCAGCGGUGUGGACCGUGAACCGAUGGGUCGGCGCGGGCAGAUGGCCGCAUAGCAUUUAACUUUCCCUGUUCCCAUCAUCGAGAGUCAUAAAGAAAUAAAUGCGCACUGAUAACUGUCUA